GAAACCGACGUUCUGGCUUUAAGAAAUGGUUUUAAAACGAGAUCCCAAUUUAUGAUCAGCCUUUCAGCAACGAUAGUGUUCUGCAGAACUUGCAAUGAGAGUUUCUUUAAAUAGUGAUUUACCCAGAUGUAUUUUGGAAAGAGGCCAGAGUGAAAUAAAAACAAGCUUGUUCACUAAAGGGUUUUAUGUGACAAGUUCUGUUUUUACAGUGUUAUGUUCAGUAGUGUGUAAUAAGUUUAAAAAAAACUCCACAAUUCUUCGCAACCCAGAUAUCGUGGAGCCGCUUUCAUUAAAUCACAGGAAGCCGGAGUGAAAGGGACGAGAGUCUUGAAGUUCAGAAGACAAACUCAACUAUCGCCAUGAGUUCAGAACAUGAGAUCACCAUCUCCGAGACGAUCAUGAACGGGCUUCCCGCAAACCGGCAGCAGCUCGAACCAGAAGCUGACCCGGCGAAAGUCAGCGUGGGGAAAGGAUCGGUAACCAUGCGGACUACGGUAGGCUACAUGGAACCUCUGGAGACUGAUGCGUCACUAAACCUGGAUCCCCAGCCACUGCCCAGCAAAGACAGCGCUGAGUUGUCCAGUUCAGAGACAGGUAGGAGAGAGCAGACUUUUCUCUAUUCUAAUCCUUUGUUAAGAGUUCUUGGCACUGACUUUGAAUGCCUUGUGCCGUUGACUGGUACAGAUGGUUGGAUGCCACCUUCAACUGGCGAACCUAAUGGAGAAGCUGUCCCCUCGUCACUGGCAGCCAAAGGAUUUCGCAGUGUGCGACCGAAUCUGCCAAGCGACCACAAGACACAGCCUCAGCCGCCUCCUGUCCCCCUACCCCCUCGGGAAGAGAGCUUCGCCUGGCGCCCCUCCAACAAGGUUAAGCUGUCGUACUUUACUCCGGUCCCGAUUCUGGAUUAUGUUCACAUCAGACCCGAGCCCAGCACCUGUAAUGAGGAGCCUGUGUCCAUGCAUCCCGGCACUUCCCUGUACUCCAGCUUAGGUGGUGAACCGCCUCUCUCUGUCCAGACUGUUCCCUGUGACAAAGCCCCAGUACCGUGCUGGGCACCUCCACCAGGUGCCAACCCAGAGCCCGCUGGCUGGCUUGGUGUCCCGGCCACCAGGCCCACCCCAGAGAGAAAGGUCAGCAAUCUGUACAUUGCACUGACCAGGCGAGCGGUUCCCCCUAUGUCCAGUGGUUCUCCCUGUCAGUUCUCCCAGGACAUGGAAGCUUCAGCCCUGACAGUCCCAUUGCUCGUAAGCAGCACGGCCAGCUCUCCUCUGCCCCUUCUCCACAGGCCCCUGCUCCAGGACUCCCCGCCCAGGGCUGGGCACAGCACUGCGCAGCCCGACCUCCCACAGGUAAACCCACCUCCAGAGCCGCUCGGCAGAAAUUCAGCGCUGGAUCGGGAGAGGACGACAGUGAUUGCUCUGAAACCAGCUGAGCUUCUUUCCACCACUCGAGGGAGUCCCCCUCGAUGGGCAGACCAAGGCAGUGGGGAUGCACAGCCUAGAGUAAGUGAAGGAGUGUCGUCCAUCGAAGGUGCUGGAGUGCACCCAGUCCUCUCCUCAUCCAGCCGGUUCUCGGCGUACCCAUCCACCACAUCUGUGAAUCCAACCAUUGUCCUGCUGCAGCACAAUCGAGCAGAACAACAGAAGCGACUGAACAGCCAGUCAGACUCUGUGCCAGAUAGAUUAAUUGAUCAGAACACAGCCGCCUCAACUGCAGAAGGAGCCCAUACUACUGUCAAAACAGGAGGGGCAAUGGACAGCAAGCGCCAGAAGUCUCCGCGGAUCCCCCACUCUUCCUUCAUUGCACCGGAGGAUCUCGGUAUCAAGAAUGUGGAGAGGCCGAAAGACUGGUACAAGACGAUGUUCAAGCAGAUCCACAAAGUCAGCAAAGAAAAGGAGACUUACACUCCAACCUAUGUCUUCUCAGAGAUUGCUAAGAGAGAAAUUCUAGAAGAUGACGAACUAGAUGAUUACUCCUCACGGUACCCUUUCUCAGAAGAUGUGAAAAGCCAAACAUUUGUUCCUCGAUCCAAGAGUGCAAUGGACACCUCUGACUCUGAGACCAUCGAGCGAAGAUCAGCCACCUUACCCCUACCAACCCGGUCCUCCUCGCUGAAACCACUCUCUGAGAGGAACAAUUGGGGACCGCUGGACAAAAAAGUGGAUACACGGCGGUAUCGGGCUGAGCCAAAGAGCAUUUUUGAUUAUGAACCAGGAAAGUCUUCAGUACUAGCUCAUGAGAAAACGAACUCUGAAGAAAGCAGUGGAAGAGACUCGACACAGCCACCCACAAAGGACAGCCCCUUGGGUGGCAAACGUGAUCAGGUGCAACACGAAAACCAUUCACACUGUCACCAGGACGACUUGGGCAGAGAUGAUCAGCUAGAGAAAGACCUGUCUCUCUACCAGGCUGAGCUAGACACAGAUUUAGAAAACAUGGAGAAGCUUUUUAGAAGCCAGGACUCCCGUCCGUGGAAGAGCACGUCACUGAAUUCGGCCUUGGAAAUCCCAUCCGAGCGUUCGACAUACUCGGCUUUUUCACCCAGUUACCACGCAGUGAGUCAGCCGUCGGAGGUGGGAACAGGGGAAUCUGUCACCCAGGACAACGAAAGGCAGAUCUACAAGACGGUUCUAGAAGGCGGAGAUAUUCCCCUCCAGGGGCUGAGUGGAUUGAACAAGAGAACAUCCAGCUCCUCUUCAACCAAAGAAUCAGACUCACUGAGACUGUCCACUCCAAUCGAGCGCAUGGAGACCCCUGAGGAAAUCUGCCGUCGUCGUCAUGAAGAUAAGGAGAGACUGUUAGAAGAGCAGAGGCGGCUUAAACGAGAACAAGAGGAAGCUGAUAUUGCAGCCAGGAGGCACACAGGGAUCGCUCCUACACACCACCAGUUUAUCACAAAUGAGAGAUUUGGGGAUCUCCUUGACAUAGACGAGGCAGCAAGAAGGAGAUCAGGGUCAGAGAUGCUGCCAGCCAGAGCCAAGUUUGACUUCAAGGCCCAGACUCUGAAAGAGCUGCCUUUCCAGAAGGGGGACAUUGUCUACAUCUACAGGCAAAUCGAUCAGAACUGGUAUGAGGGGGAGCACCAUGGUCGUGUGGGAAUCUUCCCCAGGUCGUACAUUGAGCUGCUUCCUCCGACGGAACGAGCUCAACCGAAAAAGGCCCCACCUCUUCAGGUGCUGGAAUAUGGGGAAGCUGUGGCCCGUUUCAAUUUCACAGGCGACACACAUGUGGAAAUGUCUUUCAGGAAGGGGGAGCGGAUCACUCUGGUGAGAAGAGUUGAUGAAAACUGGUUUGAAGGCAAAAUCUCGGGCACAAACCGGCAAGGAAUCUUCCCCGUCACAUACGUGGAGGUGAUUAAAAGGCCCAGGGUGAAGAAUGCAGUCGACUUUCCAGAUCCACCGGGCUCUUACUGUUCCAGCCGCAGCUCAACCAGUUCCCCACAGUUCUCUGGUAAUUCUACUCGCCCUACACCAUCUCCUCCUCUCCCUCCUCCUCCUCCGUCUCACUACCGUAGAGUGGUGUCUCCAGAUUUACAAGCCGUCACCUCUGACUGGAUAUCGCUGACUGUAGGUGUAUCCCCGAGCCACACUCCCCUCACGACUCCACCACCUCCCCCUCUUCCCGAAAGCCUCUCCUCCGACAGGAGCUACCUGCGCGACUCAAUGGGGGCCCACUCUUUGCUGCCGAGGAGCCCUGCUCACUGGAGCCUCUCCAGAGAAGCAACGCCCUACUCUGAGCAAUUACCGCAGCUCUCAGGCCGAUCUCCGCAAUCAGCUCAAGGUAUUUGGGGGCAGGUUCAGAACACGCCCUCUCCAACCACCGGUGGCUGUACGUCGUCCUCUCCUUCCGCCUCACCUCUGGCACCUGGCUCAAGUCCAGUGCAUGCGGCCAGUCAUUUCACCGCCGCAAAGAGCAGGAGGGGCGAGGUGGAGGACCUUCCGACCAUCCGAGCACAAAGUCCAGGCGGCCUCAACCUGGGCAGGCACCAGAAGCCAAAAGAGGAGAAGCUCCCCACCAUAGCGGCUGGGGAGUGGGAACUGUCCAAGGAGCUCCUGAGGAUUGUGCAAGGGGAGAGCAGGCAGCCAGCAAAGCCGGUGGAGAAGCCUAACUCAAGAAGUGACAGUGGAGCUGGAGGAAGGUUUUCCAGGAGUCCGGUUGUGUUUUCUGACUCUCCAGUUAAUACCCUGAAUUCUUCUUUUGUGCCUCCCCAUCAUUCAUUGCGAGGACCAGAUCUGACAGAGUCUGAAAAGAGCUACGUGGGGCAGCAGCGAGGGAGCAGUCUUGAGCGGAGCCAAACUCCAACUACCUUAUUCCAGGCAAUAUAUAGCUACAUCCCACAGAAUGAAGAUGAGCUGGAACUUCGGGAAGGUGAUGUUGUUGACGUGAUGGAGAAGUGUGAUGAUGGCUGGUUUGUUGGUACAUCUAGAAGAUCUCGGCAGUUUGGUACAUUUCCGGGCAACUACGUAAAGCCAUUAAAUUUGUAGAGCCAGGCUUCACAGUGAACUUUCGAUGAAACAACUCUCCAGCGACACUUGUGGAGGUUCUUUCAGCUGUUGAAUGAACUGAGCAGCACAUCAGAGUCUGCAGCCUGGCAUAAACAUUCUGCUUACAGUAUAAAGUGUCUUUCCUUCACUGAACAAAAUUGGGACGCACUGAGCAAGCGAGAAGGGAUGAGUUGUACGUGAGCUUAGGGUGUGAGAUAGCUGACUGUGGAUGUUUAUCGGCCGUGUGGGCUCAGCAGCAGGUGGGUUCAGGGGUUCCCCUUUGCAAAGGGGAAGUCGAUCGCCCGUGCUGAGUGAAAGCCUGAUCUCCCUUCGUCCCUCCUACCCACAGAUUGAGCGCUACGGCCGCCAAGUUAUCGAUUAGAGAUUCCGUGGGAAUUUGGAGGGGUGAGCAGUCGACUGUAUGAUGGGGAACGGUGUGGUUAGAAGAGGGUCUGGUAUUUACUGGGCUCUGACUUCACUAAUGAUGACACUGAAAUGGAAAUUCGACCAGAACAGUUUACAAUCAAUAGGCUCCAUUUAUUGGCCCAAUGCAGUGUUUACCCUCUAAUCACCAACAGUAGCCUCUCCCUUUCCACUCUGUAAUUAUUUUGAAUUGCUUUAGUAAGAAACCUAACACACAUAAGUGACUAAACCUCAUUCCCCAGCUAGGAAGACGUCACCCCUUGCAACAAAUUACCACAGCUAAGUCUUUGGGCUGAUGCUUAGAUAGAAUGAGUUUCUUUAACAUAUCUGUUAAGUUGAUAACAGUCACUUUGAGCUGCAACAUUUCAUAAUACUUUCAGCUUCACAAUCUAUAAAUAAAAAAAUAUAUAUUUUUUAAAGAAAAAGCACACCUUUCCCCCCACCAAAGGGAAUUAACCAUUGCUGGGAUAAAGCUUUGUGUAAAUAUGUACAUUUGAUUUUUGUAUAAAAAAUGUGUACUUAUCUUGUAUAGAAAAUAAUUUAACAAAAGGAAUUUAAAUGGUGGACUGAAAGCAGAGAAACACUCCACAGAGCUCUUUAGUUUUACUGUUUAUCUGAAAGAAAUGGAGCUCGGUACAACAAACCCAAGGGAAAAGCUUGGCAAAACCUAGCCCAUGAAAACUUUUUGUUUAAAACAACACCAGCCACUGGGGAAUUUCCUUCUCAUCUUAUUUUAGGAAAUUCAACAGCAAAACCACUUUGCUUUUUCUUUUAAAGUCCAGAAAUACAGCAGUAGAUGACUGGGACUACAGUAGCCCUGCUGUAUGUAAUCAAACACUAUCAUGCCUUAUAUUUACCAUAAUUUUGUGAGCUACAGGUCUUUAUAACCAGACAUCUUGUGUUGAGCUAUUUUUCUUUUUGCAGUGCUUCAUGAUUCGAUAAAAGAUAAGAGCCUUUAUUUACUGCUGUGGUUGCAAAAUGCAAUAUUUAAUAAACUUUAUUCAAGCCA